AUGGUUAAAUUCAAGGGUCAAAAUGCCAUGAAACAAUACAUAAAGAAUAAGCCUGUAAAAUGGGGUUUCAAGCUGUGGUGCAGAUGUGACUCUGAAACAGGUUAUUUGUACCAGUUUGAUAUCUAUACUGGAAAGAAAACCAAUCCAGAACGUGGCCUAGGGGAAGGUAUUAUUCUACAAAUGACAGAAAACCUUGGUGGUAAAGGUAUCCAGUUCUAUUUUGAUAACUUUUUCAACUCUCCCCUUUUACAAACUGAAAUGUUGGAAAAACAACUGAUGGCAUGUGGUACUGUUCGUUCGGAACGUAAAGAAAUGCCAAAAUGCUUGAAGUCAGACAAAGAAAUGAGCCGGGGUGACAUUGACUUCGCUUCAACUGACAAAGGUGUAUCAUGCGUCAAGUGGAUGGACAACCGUUCAGUUCUUAUGAUAUCUAAUUUUAUUUCUCCAUUAGGCAAGGUGACUGUUGAACGCAGACAAAAAGGUUCUAAUGAAAAAGUGAAAAUUGACUGCCCUAAAAUGGUAAAUGAGUACAACAAGUACAUGGGCGGCGUUGACCUGAUGGACCAGAAAAAAAGUGACUUAUGA